AUGAAGACCAGGAAAAUUAUAACGGAAAUUUUUGUCGACAGCUUUUCCAGUUCAUCUGUACGCGGAUAUACUGUGAACUGCAUCGGGCGAAGGAAGGAAGGAAAAAAAACGAAAGACCGCGGUCGACUAGAAAUGACGUUUGCCUUUUUCAUUGGCUUAUUGGGAAAACAGAGCGGGUGGACAAAUCCUCUUCGCUUUCUUCUUUUUUUUCCCCUGGCUUUCUUCUUUUUUCUAACUUCUUUCGUCUUUGUUUUCUUGUUCAAACUUUCUUUGUUUUCUUUACUAUCUUCUUCCUUACAAUCGUCUUUUUCUCUUCUAUGUUUUCUCGCAUUUCAUCUCUUUUAUUCUGUUUUCUUCUUCUUCUUCUUCUUCUUCUUCUUCUUCUUCUUUCCUCCUCCUCCUUCUCCUCCAUUUUCUUCUUCUUCUUCUUCUUCUUCUUCUUCUUCUUCUUCUUCUUCUUCUUCUUUAAUGACAAAUACCUUCUUUGUUAGUUUUCAUUUUCUUUUUGACGAUAGCUACUCCUCGUUUUUAAUUUCCUUCAUCCAGCUUUCUUCUUCUGUGUCUACUUUCCCCCUCCCCUCACCUCUUAAUUCUUCUUCGCAUCCUUCUUCUACUUCUCUUCCUCCUCUCUACUUUCUCCCCCUCUUCCUUUUCCUUCUCCUUCUUCCGCCUUCUUCUUCUUCUUUUUCUACUUCUUUUCUUCUUCUUCUUCUUCUUCUUCUUCUUCUUCUUCUUCUUCUUCUUCUUCCUUUCCCUUUUUCUUCUUCUUCUCAUCCUUCUACUUCUUCGUCUUCUUCUUCAGAAUCCAAACAAAUGAAAGCAAUCGGUAGAAAUGAAAGUCGCGAAGCAGAAGAUUAA